GAUUUUAAAUAAUGGCACGAACUGAUAAAAAAAAUGGCGGACUUAUCAUAAGUUGCUAAUCUGUAUCCACAAUCCACAACAUUUCAAGCGAUUUCAAGGUCUUUGUUCAUUAAAUUUGUACACAAAACACCAUUGUAAACUCUGUUGUUGUAUUAUUUUUAUGUUGAUUGAUUUUACGUGAUUUAUUAUUGUGUAAUAUUAAAUUUUUAAAUAAUAAAUACAUUAUUGAAUAUGUAUCGACAUCUGAAAGUGUAUAAAAAUUUGAUAUAAGUAAAAUUUAAAUUUAUGUAGUUUUGUAAAAAUUAUCAUUUCAAAGUCAUGGAUACUAACAAUUCUAUUCUAACAACAUUUUUACUAAACAAUCUUGAAGAUACAACAAUUGACGUCAAUAGAAUAAUGUAUAAUGGUAGUAAUGAAAACUAUACGGAUUUUUCAAUUAACAAUGACACAACACAAUCAUCAGUGAAUGAUUUUCAAACAUCCGUAAUGAAUCAACCUAAGCUAAACAAAACGUCGAGAAUUUGUACAACAUCAACUUCUACAACAACUGAAGAUCCUUUUGAUGAAUUUGGACCACCCGAUGGAGUAGAAUAUAUAUUUGUACCUCUUGGAGUUAUUAUUUUCGUUAUAAUUCUGUCUGCUGUGGUAUUAAUUAUUUCACGACGACGUAAAUUGGAACGGUUACGGCAUAGAUUAAUGCCUCUUUAUGAUUUUGAUCCAGGUGAAGAAGGUGAAGAUGAUUGGGAAACAGAAUUACUGGACGAAGGAUUCAGUAGUCGACAAAGAAGACAAGGAUAUCAGUCAAUAGACAACGAAGAAAAUUCUGAACUUUUUGGUCACUGACGUAAAAUUCAAUUGAGUGGUAUUCAAACAUAUACUGAUGGUAAUCCAAUGGAAAUACCACCGUAUUUUUUGCCAAAUGCUAAAAUAACUAUGCAUCAAGCAACAGUUAAUCAAACUAUUGAAAUAACAUCAACAGAUGAAGAUAUGUGCUGACAGUGUUCCCGUACUACUAAAAUUUAGCGAGAAUAAGAUCAAGUAUUAAAUUUUUUUAAUUGAUAAAUAAGUAUUAGUGUAUAUUUACACUAUAGACUGAGAUUAAUUAUUCAAAUUUAUUAAAACAGAAUCAUUUAUUACAUAUCGAAUCAUAAGAAUAUUUUUUUUGUUACUUUUUAAGUAAACAAAAUUCUCCUAAAUGGACAGCUUGGCAUUUUAAUUUAAUGGCGCGCUUAUUAAAAAAUCUUUUAAAUUUAAAAAACACGUAAUUUUUUCUCUUUUUUUAAAUUUCUAAAAUUAUAUUCUAAUAGGAAAUUUAACUCUGUAAAAAAUAUUUAAAGUGUUCAGUUUGUAAAUUAAAAAUGUAUGUUAUAAACAUACAUAGAAUUAUAGACCUUCAAAGAUUAUUACAUAGCAAAUUUAGUUUUUAC